AUGCAUAAAAUAAUAAUUAAUAUAGUAUCUUUAUUCCGUUAUUCCGAGAUAUCGGCUCCGGUCUACCGCGACCCUGGCAAGAACAAAGGGGUUAAUGAAAGUGAGUUAAGAUUCGGCCAACGGGCCUCGGAGUCACCCAUUCUCAUCAGCUCCUCCACGAGGGACCCCAGCCAGGCCCCCGGCACUGAAAGCAGUGCCCCCCCCAGAGGACAGACCAAACAGCGGUUUGGUCGCCAUGCUGACGCCAUCUUCACCAACAGCUACAGGAAGGUUCUGGGACAGAUUUCAGCAAGGAAGUUCCUUCAGACCAUCAUGGGAAAACGACUAGGGGUGGGCGAUGCGCGACAUUAUGCAAAACGUCAGUCAGACAUAUUCGAGGACAUGUUCAAACAGGAUCUCACCACCAUCCUCAGAGAACAGAAAAUCAAACGGUGGCAGCUGGAUGUCAACAGACCCAGGUAAGUGAAGGCUUUCACAGGGAAGCAGCUCAACAAGAAUUUAAAAGGGUCCAAUGAGGGGCCUUGAGGCACACCCAGAAGAACAAUAAUCAAAGUUUUGUCCUUUUUCCUCAGGACCCCCUGCAGUGACAGAAUCUGCAGGAGGAGCCGUGAGAGCAGGUGGUUCUCUCGGAAGACAGAGGAACAAAAUCACUGAGUAGUGCCCUGGAAAGACGGGAGGAUUUUUUUUUUUUUUUUUUUUUUUAUAACUCAUUCGCCUGCUUGGUUCUCAUUCAAACUAAAUAUUAGUGCAACGUUACAUGUGAAGAAAUGCAGAGCAGCAGCUAAAAACAGCCAUGCCAACAAGAGCUUAAAACAGGUUUAGUUUGUUAUAUACGUUAACAUAAAUGUUGUACUAAAAAUAAAGCAAUGCAACCAUCCUAAUGUUGUUUUGGCUAUUCGUUGUUUUUCAUAGGUCCCACGAAUGAUUGCGUUGAAAGGUUACUUAGUCAUGUUCAACUAAACAUUUGUCAAAAACAAAAUUUUACACAAACUGAAGUGUGCUGAAACAGAAGAACAGGUUGCCACAUAAUACGAGUAGUGGACAGGACCACAAUUAUUUUGCACACAAAUUACCUGUGGCAUCUGUAUUAUACAGUGUUUGAAUUCUAUCAGACACGCAAACCAGCUAAACAUAAUUUCAAAGAGAACCACUAAAGACAUAACCAUCCCAAUUUCUUUAUUUUCUUCAAUCACAAAAAAACCCUCUCAUUCAUAUUACGUUUACGAUCUUGAGCUGGGCUCUUUUUUGGUUGGGGGGCUGAAGGGCACGAUACAGACACGUCUUCAAAUAUGAGCCCAUUAUUGGCGUGUGAUGAAAUUGCAUGGGCAUUGCAGUUCUGUUGCAGCAUGCAGAGUGGGCACCAGCAAUUUACGCAACA